AUCAUUUGACAUAUUGGAUGAAUCUAUAGGGACGGGCCGAGUUCAGGAGACUCACGUGCUUGUCGUAGUGUGACCGAUUUUGAAAAGGGGCAUAUUGCUCCUUACCUUGCAACCCAAACUCGAGCCCAUCGGUCUACCCAGUUUCAUUGCUGGUUUGUGUAUACCAUUGUUCUACAACUUGAAGGAGUGCAACAAUGCCAGGAUGUCUGUCACGGCUCCGUAGACUGUUCCCCCAUCAAUCGCACGAAAACGCUAGUACUUCUGCUCCCUGUUGCCAGAUAGAGCCUGCUGUGCCCCGUUCCGAGCUGAAUGAGUUCACCCCUACCUCCUUGCCAGUCGAAAUUAUGGAGCACAUCUUCCGUAUCCUGAAACCAUCGCCAGACCUGUAUGACCCGUGUGGCAUCACUCACAGCCAAGCAAAACAUGUGUGGGAUAUCAAAGCCGUCAGUCAAGUAUGUUACCAAUGGCGUGAUAUCACACUCGGCUGCCCUGCCUUGUGGACUUAUGUUGCCCCUUUGCUGUUUGGCUAUGAAUGGACAAGGGACAUACUGGCCAGAUCCAAGGGAGCUCCUUUGACCCUCGACAUACGUGGUACCCUCACGUUUCCACAUUGUGUCAUCCGUUUAGCAAUGGCGCAUCUCGUUCACACCCGUAUACUCAUCAUCGAUGCAAAAUUCCAGGAUUUCCUUCGCUGUGCUUCUGGUCCUGCCCCUCUUUUGGAAUCCAUCACCAUCAGUUCCUCCAACCCCACAUCAAUUAUAAACUCAGCCGACUUCACCAUCCCAUAUUGUACUCUAGUUACAUUUGAAACUCCUGCGCUACGGAAACUCAUCCUGGAUGAUCACAUCACGCUUUCUGGUGCCAGUCUAACCAUGAUCAAAAAUCUCAGGCACCUAGAAAUCAAAAGUGUAAUGUUCACCCCCACACUUCCCCAAUUCAUCAAUAUACACCAGGCAUUGUCGUCCCUGCAAACUCUUGUACUGGAUGUCAUUGAUAUUCAUGGUUUAGUGCCCUUGGGCACCAUCAACCUGCCUCGU